GAGCAGCUGCGGUAAAAUAAGUUUAAAUAUUUUUAAAUGCGCAACGCGUUAUGUCAACCACUAGUAUUACUAUGUGUUAGUGCAGCAUAAAGUGUGUGAUAAUUAUUUGGAAAAUAUGUGGCUUAAGUGGCACUUAAUUAAGAGAUGUCUGUGCUUACUCAUCUGCCUAAGCUUACGUGGCAGUUGGGCACAACAGACGCAUAUCAAAUUGGAUCAAGGCGAUCUAAUUGGUCUGAAAGUUUUUCCGGAUGGAGCUCGCAACGCCGUGUACGCCUUUCUGGGCAUACCCUAUGCGCAGCCACCUGUGGGAUCGCUGCGUUUUGCGCCCGCCAAAGCGCAUAGUGGCUGGAAUCGCACUUUACAGGCGAUGAGCAUGCAGCCUCUCUGCCCGCAGUUGUCUGAUACUAUUUAUGAUGAGAGUGCCGAUGGCAGUAUCUUGGCGCGCGCUGUGCCCUUUAACGAAGACUGUCUGUAUCUCAACAUUUGGACACCAGAGACGGGCUUACGCUAUGGCCAAUUGCCAAUGCUGGUUAUUAUAACUGGCGAGGAUUUUGCUUACGAUUGGCCGCGUAAUCGCAUUAACGGGCUGGACUUUGCGGCUGCCGAAAACGUCGUUGUGGUCAGCAUACAAUAUCGCAGCAACAUUUACGGCUGGCUAGGAUUGGGACGAGAACAUCGUCAACUGCCAGGCAAUUAUGGCUUGAGCGAUAUACAACUGGCGCUGCGUUGGAUUCAUAGCAAUGCGAACCACUUUGGCGGCAAUGCGAAGCAGAUAACGCUUCUAGGACACGGCAGUGGAGCCUUGUUAGCGCUUGCUAAUGCACUGGAGUCCAAGCAGCAGCUCAAGCAGUUGAUCUUGAUGUCGCCGGGCGCAGUCACAUAUGCUUUGGAUGCUGGCCAUCAGCAACGGAUCGUGGAUACAGGACGCGUGCUUGUGCAGAAGCUUGGCUGUCAGUUUGAGGAAGCCCAACGACGUCAGCUACUGCUCUGCCUUCGCCGCAAGAGCUCUGAGGAUCUGCUGCGAGCCUACGAAAGUGUUUACAAUCAUGGCAAUGGCAGCCUGCAGCUUGGCGUGCAGCUUAGCAACAAUGUGCCGCUGGAACAGCAUUUAGCGAAUGCGUCACUGCCUCCUUUACUGCUGGGCAUUAGCUCCAACGAGGGCGCUUUGUUGCAAGAUUAUUGGCUGCAUGUGGCACGCGAGGGUGCGGACUCUCUGCAUAGUUAUAUCAAUCAAACAUUGCUGCCCAAUGUGCUGCGCUUCAUGCAGCUGGAAGAGCAGGCCGGCGCUGCCCAGCUGGCGGCUAUACGCUGGCGUUACUUCAACGAUGGAGCAUCUGUUGGCCAGCUGCUAUGGGGCAUGCAACGUCUGCUGUCUGAAUCGCUGUACGAGACGCCCUUUCUGCGCCUGCUACAGUUACUUCAGUCUAAUAGCAGUCAACGCUUGAGCUAUGCCUACAUCUUUGAUCAAUCUCAUGCGCAUGCCAUGGACAUGCGCGGCAGACAGAAUCUGUUUGGGGGCGCCUCGCAUAGCUCGGACUUACCGCUAUUGUUGGGACCAAGUCUUUUCCAACAGAUAUCGCGUAGGCGCUUCAACGUCGAAGAGGAGCAGCUUUGCCGCAAGCUGCGCGGUGCAUUCGCCAGCUUCAUAAAGGGCGGAAAUCCCACACCGGGUCGCAUUUACGAUGCUUGGUUGCCCUACACGCUGGAGCGUCCGUUUGUGUAUAGCCUGGGCGAGCUGGCCAAAAGCCUGGUGUUUCCCACGGGCCAGGCUGCAGCACAGAUUGAGCAGCUAGUACAAUCCGAGCAAGCAACGGAACUGACUGCCGAUCGAAGCUUGUCUAGAAUGAAUAGACAUGACGUUAAACAAUCAUAUGUGACCAACAAUCAAUUGGAUUCAGGCUACGAUCAACAUUUACGACGCGUUUUUGGCUUUUGGCAGGUCCUGCUGCCGGCACAAGAGGCGGAGCUUCGUGAAGCGGGUGGCACCUUGGGCCAACGUGUGCGUUUGUUAGAGGCGCACGCUGAUGCUGCUCGUUAUCGUCAGGGAUUCUAUGCUAUGUUGGGUCUGGUUUGUCUGCUGCUAGCCUGCUUGGGCUUAUGUGUCUAUUUGCUGCGGCGUGACCCCCUGCAAAGCCGGAGGCACAGUGCAACGGCGAGCUUAUGACAAAAGU